AUGGAAAACCAAAAUGAGAAGAGAGAAACAUUAGCAGAUAAUUUAGUUUGUGAAAAUGAACUAGAGAAUAGAACUGACAAAGAUAUUAAUGAUAACAUAAAUUUCGAAAUUAUCGAAAAAAAGGAGCUUAUUCAUGAUGUGAAUAGGGAAACCUUUAAAAGUAGCAGCUUUGAGAGUAACACUGAAAGUUGUAAUAGUAGUGAAGAUAAAUGUAAAGAUAAAGAUACUUCAAAUUCAAUGAAUAAAAAUAAUAAAAUGGUUGAUGGUGAUUUCUUAGUUAAGACAGAUGAAAUAAGUAAUAAAAAAAAAAAAAAAAAAAAUACAUCAGUGAAUAAAAUAGCUGAUUCAAAUACAAAUACAAAAAUUAUGAAUCCUAUAGAUAUAAUACCACCAAAUUACAAAGGAAUAAUACCCACCAUAUCAAAUUAUGCACAACUAUAUCAAAUAAAUUUUCCAUGUAUGAAUACAAAUAGUUUUCCAAAUAUUUCUUUGAAUAAUAAUAGCGUGAAUUAUAAUCUACAAAAUUGCAUGAACAGUUCAUAUAAAAAAUAUAAUAAUAAUAAUAAUAAAUAUAUAUUAAAUAAAGAUGUUACAAAUAAUAACAUAACCCCAAUAUUGCAUUUCCCACCAAAUGGUGUAAAUACAAUGGAUGCAAUGAAUACAAUAAAUUAUAAUAAGAAUAAUUUAUCUAAUUAUUUUGAUUCCCAUGAUAGAAUAAAUGAUAAUAAUUCUACGCACAUGCAAGGGACUUUAAACAAUAUAUAUUCAAAUUACAACGACCCCAAUAUGUUUUUAAAUAAUGAGCAUUAUAUUAUACCUUACAAAUACACUAAUUAUUAUUGUCCCGGAUAUAUGACUCCUUGCACCGUUGUUAACUACAUGAACGAUUUACAAAAUAAUAAGCCAUAUUGUCAAGAUAGCACAUUAAAUGACUCCAGUAAUAGACUAAAUAAUAAUAUUAACAUUAUAAAUAGUAAUAUAAUAAAUAGUAGAAUCGGAAAAGAGACGAUGGGAACAAAUUUUGUAAAUAUGGAAAAUAAUCGAAACUGUGAUAAUGAGACAAAUACUAUUGCUGUAGAGAAUUGUAACAAUAUUGGAUUUAUAAAUUAUGAAGAAAAUUGGUUAUAUCCAAAUUUUAAUAGAUUUAUAUAUGCUCCAAAAUUACAAUUUAAUAAAGAGGCAUAUCAAUUUGCUGGAAUGAGUAAUGAGCCAAAUUGUAUAAAUAGGGAUGACAACAAUAUAAUGGUAGAAAAAAAAAAGGAAAUGGAAUAUAAUAACAUUAAUGUACCAAAACAGGUGAAUAAUAGUAGCUCUAUGAAUUGUUGCACAAAUAUUGAAAACAAUGAAAACAUGAUUCGAAAUAUAGACAAUAUAAAUACGAUAAAUAAAAUACCAGAUAGUAGAUUAAAUAAAUAUAAUAGUAUGAUUAAUUACAAUGAUAAUAUAAGAGGAAAUAAUGAAAUGUACAAUUAUUUAAAUAAUAUAUGUAACCAAAAUUAUAAUAUUAGAAUGUAUCCAAUAAAUGAUAAUAGCCAAAAUGCUAUAAAUAAUUAUCAGCAAAAUAUGGCUUAUUAUAAUAUUAUUAAUUCGAAUUUUUACACAUCUCAUCAAAAAAAUUACUUUUAUAAUCACUUUAUGAAUAAUUAUCCUGUUGUCCCAUUACCAUGUGUUGAUAUUUACAAUGCAGAAAAUAAUGCCUAUCCUGUUAGCCAACCAUAUAGCUAUUUAGCUAACGAACCAAUGAUAAGCGAAAAAAAUAAAAAAAAAAAAGAAUAUAAAAAUGGGCAUAAAAAUUUUAAUGAUAAGACUUUGGUUAAUAAAAAAAAUAAUACUAAUAAUGAAGACGAUCUCGAUUUAACUUCCAUAUCUGGAAACGUAUAUAAAAUAGCUAAGGAUCAAGCCAAAUGCAGAACACUUCAAAAAAUCCUCGAUAAAAAAAACCAAAGUUGUAUCGAUGAAAUUUAUAAUGAAGCUUUAGAGCAUAUAAUAGAAUUAAUGAUGGAUCCUUUUGGAAAUUACCUUUGUCAAAAAUUAAUAGAAGUUUGUACACCUGAACAAAUAGAGAAAAUUAUUGAUAAAUCAUCUGAUGAACUGAUAAAUGCCUCCAUAAGUGUUCAUGGAACUCGAACUGUUCAGAAACUCAUAGAGAUGAUAAAAACGCCGUCACAAAUAAGAAAAACAAAAAACUCGCUAAAAAAUUCGAUAAUAAUAUUAAUAAAAGACAUAAAUGGAAAUCAUGUUGUUCAGAAAUGUUUGGUUUCGUUAUCCAGUACUGACUGUAAUUUUAUUUAUGAAGAAAUUUUAAAAAACUUUAUCGAAGUAUCAACACAUAGACAUGGAUGUUGCGUAAUUCAACGAUGUAUUGAUUCUGCUAAUGAAGCUCAAAAGGAACUUCUUAUAAAUAAAAUAUCAAGUAACUGUCUUGAGUUAGUAGAGGAUGCAUUUGGUAAUUAUGUAGUGCAAUAUAUAUUAAACAUGGGGGAUGAAAAAGUUAAUUUUGAAAUAAUAGAAAAACUAUUGAAAGAUAUUGAAAAACAUGCUAUUCAAAAAUUUUCAUCAAAUGUUAUUGAAAAAUGUUUAACGAUUGGAACUACUAAAUGUAGAAAAAUGAUGAUAAAUGGGUUAUUAAAAAAAGGAAAAAAUGUUUUGAAAAAUGUAAUUUUAGAUAAAUAUGGUAAUUAUGUAAUACAAAGAGCUUUAUCUGUUGCACCUGAACCUGAAUUAACAAAACUUGUAGAAGGAAUCAAACCAUAUAUAAAAGAGUUACGUAAUAUAAAUUCAGGUAAAAGAAUUGCUUGGAAACUUGCAAAAAAACAUCCAGUAUUAAAUAUAGAUAUUAAUAAUAAUUAUAAAUCAGUCGAUUCUAAAGAUAAUAUUCAACAAAUGAAAAAUAAUAAUAAUUUGACACAAACUAUUCAUGAAUAUAAUAGUGAUUCAAUAUGUUGUUCAGAAAAUUAUCCAAAUAAUAGUAAUGAAAAUCAUAUAAAUAAAAGUUAUAAUAAAAAAAAAUUCAAAAAUAAAAAUACCUCAUUAAAUAAUAAAAAACAGAAUAGCAGACAUAAAAAAUGUAUAAUACCAGAACAAAGUGAUACAUCAAAAGAAAUUAACAAAAAAGAAAAUCUUAAUUAUUAUAAAAAAAAUAUAUUAGAAAAUUAUCAGAAUAGUGAAAAUAUUACAAAUAAUUGUAGCCAUAAUGAUGAAUAUAUUAUUCCUGAUGAAGAUGCAACUAUUUUUUAUAAAAAUGAAUAUGACCAACCCAGCAGACAAAAGGAAAACCAUAAUAGCAUCGAAAAUAUGAGUAGGUAUAACACUCAAGACACAGACAAACAUAGUGUGCAAUCUAUUACACAAAUGGAAAUGCAAAAUGUAAAGAAUCGAAAUAAUAUCAGCAUUGAUGAUAUAGAUUCAAGGGAUAUAAAUAAUAGUGAACAAAAUAAAAAAAGCACUAAUUUGGGAGAGUCUAAUUUUCACCAUUAUAAUUACAAUGAAGUCAGCAAAAAAAAAAAAAAAAAAAAAAAAAAUUAA